GCUUUCACUUCUCGUGCUACGGUGACUAAGAUGGAAGCACUGCUGGAGUCGCGGUCCGGACUUUGGGCCGGGGGUCCGGCCCCCGGGCAGUUUUACCGCAUUCCGCCCACUCCCGGUUCCUCUGUGGACCCGGCGUCCGCGCUGUACGGGGCUCCGAUUACGCGCACCCAGAACCCCAUGGUGACCGGGACCUCUGUCCUGGGGCUCAAGUUUGAGGGCGGAGUGGUGAUCGCAGCAGACAUGCUGGGCUCCUACGGCUCCUUGGCUCGUUUCCGCAACAUCUCCCGCAUUAUGCGAGUCAACAACAGCACCAUGCUGGGUGCUUCCGGAGACUAUGCUGAUUUCCAGUAUUUGAAGCAGGUUCUCGGGCAAAUGGUGAUUGAUGAGGAGCUGUUGGGAGACGGACACAGCUAUAGUCCUAAAGCUAUUCAUUCAUGGCUGACCAGGGCCAUGUACAGUCGCCGCUCCAAGAUGAACCCCCUGUGGAACACCAUGGUCAUUGGAGGUUAUGCUGAUGGAGAGAGCUUCCUGGGUUAUGUGGACAUGCUUGGUGUGGCCUAUGAAGCCCCUUCGCUGGCCACUGGUUACGGUGCAUACUUGGCUCAGCCUCUGCUGCGAGAAGUUCUGGAGAAGCAGCCAGUGCUGAGCCAGACGGAGGCCCGAGAACUAGUGGAACGCUGCAUGCGAGUGCUGUACUAUCGAGAUGCCCGUUCUUAUAACCGGUUUCAAAUUGCCACUGUAACUGAAAAAGGUGUUGAAAUAGAGGGACCCCUGUCUGCGGAGACCAACUGGGAUAUUGCCCACAUGAUCAGUGGCUUUGAAUGAAAUACAGAUGAGUUACCCAGAACUGAACUUGUACCCUUCUUCUAACUUUGAACUUGGUUGGUUCAAAGGUACUAUUCUUUUUGUAAAAUAAACAAAUCCUUUGAAAUGCUG